AGCCAACCGCCGUAAAGGAGGAGAAUAAGAAGGCUCCACAGACCGGGAACAUUUUGAAAGUCGCUGCAGGGCGUGACAGAGAGUUCAUGUUUGGUGUUUGUCACUGAGCAGACUUCAUUCAACCUUACAUUACAGACGUUUCACUUUUUAAUCUCUUUAUGGAGCAAGAAGCAGAAAGACAGGACUCUGCUGUGGACAUGGAGACAAUCAGCAUGGCAGACAUCGUGGUGGAAGAUGUGGAGUCCUUCGUUAACGUUGAACUGGAGACACACACUGAAAGUACCGAUCACAGCGAACCCGGUAUCCCUCACGCUCUAUUUCAGGAUGGAGAGGAUGAUGUCUCCAGUGGUGAAGAUGAUGAGGAUGAUGACAGUGGCACUGACCACUCCAACUGUUUGAGGGGCGGGACUCAGCUGCAGAGGUGUGAGCAGAGAUUAGGUGCCAAAUCAGCUGUUCCUGACACCUUUCAGACAAGUCACCUGCUGUUCUACGAGAGGUUCAAGGCCUACCAGGACUACAUGCUGGGUGACUGUAAGCCCUCUGAGGUGAAGGCGUUCACUGCCGAUUACCUGGAGAAGGUGUUGGAGCCGUGUGAUUGGCUGGCUCUGUGGUGCACAGAAGUGUUUGAUGUUCUGGUGGAGGUGCAGGAUCUGGACCUGAAGAACCUGAAGGCGUGUGUGCGAUUGGUUCUUCCUCUGCAGUGUGACAUGCGUGGCUGUGAUCUCACCGAGGACGCCAUGACCGCUCUGCUGGAGGCCACACAGCACCGAGUCCCCCUGCAGGAGCUAUACGCUGUCUACGACUCGUCGGGAGACUUUGACCAGACCGCGCUGGCUCUUGAGCACCUCAGGUUCUUCUACAAACACAUCUGGAGGCAGUGGGAUGAGGAGGAUGAAGACGAUGACUUUGAUUAUUUUGUGCGCUGUGUGGAGCCUCGUCUGCGCUUGUACUAUGACAUCCUGGAGGAUCGGGUCCCUGCAGGUCUGGUGUCAGAGUAUCAGUCCCUGCUGGGGUUGUGCUCUCAAUGCUUCCAUCAGUUCUCGUCUCUGCGGAGCGAUCUGGGCUCAGACUCGGACUCUGAGCUUGACAACGUGUCCAUGGUAGAGGGACUGAAGCUGUACGAACAGCUGGAGACACUGCGCCGCAAACUUCACAUCAUCGAGAACCCUCUGCUCAGGUAUGUGUUGGGUUACCGUGGUAACAACAGACAGCAGUGUGUCCAGAGCCGGGGUCUCAGGUGUUCAGGUAUGAAGGUGGUCCAUGUAGUGACAGCGUCCUGCAGCAGCCUCCAACUACAGUCCCUCCUGAACGACCGCCUGCUGUCUCUGAGCUCCUCUGAAGACACACAGAUACAGUUCCACAGCGAUCCGGUAUCUGCAGUGGACUCCUGUCAUCAGGGGGACGUGGUUUUGGUUAUGCCUGGGGUCUACAGUGUGACCAGCUCCAUCUUCAUCCCUGACUCUGUCUCUGUGGAGGGAUUCGGUCCUCCCGAUGAGGUGGUGAUAGAGAAGAAGAACAAAGGAGACUCGUUUGUGGAAUCCACCGGAGCUGAGGUCAAACUGUCCAACAUCAAGUUCAUCCAACACGACGCCAUUGAGGGGAUUCUCUGUGUGCGUCAGGGCACUGUGAACAUGGAGAACUGUGUGCUGCAGUGUGAGACCACUGGAGUGAUCGUCAGAACAUCAGCUUGUCUCAGCAUGAACAGGUGUGACCUGUAUGGGUCAAAGGGGGCCGGUGUGGAGAUUUACCCAGGCAGUGUCUGCAGUCUGAUUGGAAAUGGCAUCCAUCACUGUAAAGACGGGAUACUCGUCAAGGAUUUUGCUGAUGAGUUGGAAGUAAUGCCGUCCAUCACCAUGGAGAACAACGUGAUCCACAACAACGAGGGAUACGGAGUGAUUCUAGUGAAACCCAGCGAUACAGAGACACAAAGAGCCGAAGGUGGGGGGGCGUUCUCUAACGGAGCUGAAGGAGAUUCGGCUGACCACCCACUCACUUUCCAGCUUCAGUCUGCUGAGAACAACAGCAGCAGCACAGAAGGAGGAGCUUCCAUAGAGGGCGGAGCCUCAACCUCAGGCAGAAAGUGGACCUUCAGCCGGCAGCUGAGCAGAAGCAAAGAGACAUCAUGUGUGAGCCGAGCGGUCCAGGACCUGACGGAGCUCCAGGUGUUCGUGUCCAUCACAGGAAACCAGUUCAGACGCAACGGGAUGGGAGACUACGGAACAUUCUACUACUGACACACACACGCACACGCACACGCACAAACACACAGGUGCACAGACACACAUAGACACACUCUUUCUUUUACUGAAACAAACCUUAAAUCACUGAUGUAUUCACACACAAUGGGACACUUUUAAGUGCUGACACACAAACACCUGAUAUUACUGACAUAAAUAAUGACAUGCACCUACACACACACAUACACACACACACACACAUCUCCAUACUAACUCUGCAUCAAGGACUCAUUUUUUCCUCAAAUCUGACAAAUGUCUUUGCUCCAUGAUCGUCUGUUUUUAUUUUCUCGCUUCAGUCUGACCUGAGGUAAAUGUCUCUGGCUCCGCCCACAGACUGAUUUAAUCCGAAGAGACGCUGAUGAAAGUGGAAUUGAUUUCAUCAGUUCCUAACAGAGCUCUGAAUUCUGUUUUUACCUUAUUUAUUACUCAUGCUGAAUGUUUUAUUUGUUUUAUCUUUUGUAAAGUUUCACUGUGCACUUUGAACACAGGUUUGGUAAUUUGGGGUCAAAUAGGCGUUACCUGUCUGGUGAGGUGGAGGGGGGCGGUGUUAUAAUUCCCAGGUUCUCUUUGUUUGGUGACGAGUGAUAGGUUCGGUGAUGAGUUUUUAGGUGGAGGGCUCAAUUAAUGUAAAGUUUUAAUUUCUCCACUUUCUGGUGAUUCCAAAAAUUAAAUGUUUAAAACAAAA